AUGUUAAAAUUGAAACCUUCAGAAUCAGCUCCAAAUUCAAUUAAAAUGCCACAUUUAAAAGCUAAAGACUUAGAUAAAAAAAGUAUUACAAAUAUAUAUUUAUUAUAGAUGAAAUGGAUAAAGUAAUCUAAUAACAAAUAAUUAUUGAACCUGAAAUAGUUAGAUUUGCAGGUUUUGAAGUAGGUAAAUUAAAUUUACUUAAAAUUCGUGUGAUUAAUAAGUAUCUUUAACCAUAAAGAAUUUUGGUUAUACCUCCUAAAACUAAUUUUUUCAAUGUUAAAUAUGAUAAAAAAGGAGCCAUAGCUUCUGGAAUGUUUGAAGAAAUUUAUAUUUCAUUCAAACCCUUUGAAUAUAAAUAAUACUAGGAUAAUAUGAGAAUCAACACUUAAUUUGAUUCAAUUGUGAUUCCAAUACAUGCUUUUCCAGCAAUCAAUAGAGAUUAUUUAAGAGAUCUAUUUCCUCGUUAUUUAGAUUUUGGUACACUUGAAUUAGGUGAAUAGUUUUCUUAAGUAUUUCUUUCAUGUAAAAUAGAGAUUUCCAAUACAAAAUAAGGUACCACUUAACUUUGACUUUGAAUUCAUCAUUAUCAAAGACAAUAUGGAUUUUAGAAUAACUCCUUUAAGAGGCACUAUUCCUGAUAAAGGAGUAACUGAAAUAGAAAUACUUUAUAGACCUUCCAUAAAUGUAACUGUCUAUAUGGAAGUGGAAUUGAUUGUAGGAUCUGUAGACUUUGAACCUUUACCAAUCAAAUUAAUGGGAACUGGUAGAUCAUAAAAUGAUAAAAAUCUAAGUAGAAUUAGAAGACCUGCUUCAGUAAGAAAACUACAUUCUAUUAUUCAAUAACCAAAAUAAAAUCAAAAAUUGAUUCCAAAAGAUUUAUAAUCAUCUUAAGAAAAUAUUGAUGAAUAUUCUAUACCUGAAUAAUCUCCAUAAGUUAUUUAUGAGGCUACUGGAGGAAAUGAUUAAGUGGAAUAGUUUUAUCCAAUCAUAAAACCAACCACUAAAAGAAUUAGACCAUAAAUAAUUGAAAAUGAAGUUUUGGAAAUCAAAUAAGGUGUAUCUUUAUAAGGUAGAUAAGUUAAAGAGAAAUAAUAUCUUGAUCAUUUUAAUUAAAUAGCAAAUCUUGAUAAAGAAAAAGAAAAUAAACUCAAAUAAUGUAUAGGGGAUUCACCAAUUUAAAAAGAAACUAUAUCUGAAAUAAUGAGUCAACGAGAACAAUUUAAUUAAUAAAUGUUAAAUUAGAUAUAUUAAAGUGGUAUUACAAGAUAUCAACUUUAACUUAAUAUUGAUAAUGCAGUUGCUGAUUAAAUAUUACCAAAAUAUGAAUGUCAAUGGGAUUUUGAAAAAAAUGAUGUUAUAAAAAUCAAAAAAAUAGUAAGACUUUUAUUUUCUAUUAGUUUUGAAACUAAAAAAAUUCAUCUAUGCAGUAACAAGAGUUAUAUAUAGAAUCAGAUUUGAUAAUAGAAUGUCUAAAAUUAGAGCAUUUCUAAAAGGAGCAACAAAAAGAUCAGAAGUUGAAAAAUUAGUCAAUCAAGAUUGGUAAAAAGCAGAAUAUGCAGGUGUUGGCAAAAAAGAUUUUGUAAUUAUAUAAUAUAUAUAAUAAGAUUGCCUUUACUUUUGAAUUUGAAGAAAAUUGUAUUGGGAAAUUUGCACUUCCUGUUUAAUACCAAGAAACAAAUACUUAUUCAUUUAAAUUUGAUAUUAAUCCUAGAACAGGAUUUGAUGAUUGGGCUCCAAUUGAAUAAAUUCCUUAAUCUGAUUAAGAGGUUAUGCAAUAUAAAAAUUGGGAUUAUCCUCAAUUAGUAUAUCAUCCUCCACUUUUAUAAUAAGUAGUUUUUAGAGAUGGAGCUGAAGAAGAAAAAGCAGUAAAAGGGAAAAUGGGUCCAAUUCAAAAUAUUUUAUCAACUAAUCAGAAAUUAGAAGAAACUAUAAAAAUUGUGAUGCAAAAGCCUCCAGAAUAUGAAGGAGUUUAAUUAUUAUUACCUCAUAAAACUCUUUAAUGCUAUUUGCCAUAAGAUACUUGUAAUCUAAUAGAAACUUCAUUUUUAUUAAAUUAUAGAACAAUAUCUAAUAUAGGAUCAGAUUUAGAUCUUGAAGCUUCUAAAAAUAAUUCAAUAAUAAAACAAGAAAUUAGUAAUAGAUAGCCAGGAUAUAAUAAUUUAAAUUUACUAUAUGAAUUAAAAUUAGAUUAAUUUUAUUAUUAAGAGAGAAAUAUGUAAUUAGCCUAUGAUUUUGGAUUUGAGGAUUAAAUUGAAUAAUAUUGUGCCUCAUUAAUGCAUGAUAAAGAAAAAGAUGAUUAUAUAACAGAUGAUAGUGAUGAAGAGAGACCACCUUAGCCAGUUCUUGUAGAUCAUAAUGAAUGGCUUACAAAGUUAGAAUAAGAUGAUAAAGCACUUUAACCAUUUAAAUAAGGGGAAAUUAUAGAUCAAUAAGAAUUACUUAAGAAUAAAAUAGAUACAAAUUUAAUGUAUAUAAUUAUUAAAAAUGAAGGUUUGAAAAAAAUAAAUGGAUCUCUACUGUUCCUUCUAAGACAAACGAUUACAAUAAAUUUAUUAUAAAAAAUGAGAAUAAAAUCAUUAUCUUAUGA